AUGUAUAAAAUGGAAUAUUCUUACCUCAAUUCCUCUGCCUACGAGUCCUGUAUGGCUGGGAUGGACACUUCGAGCCUGGCUUCAGCUUAUGCUGACUUCAGUUCCUGCAGCCAAGCCAGUGGCUUUCAAUAUAACCCUAUAAGGACCACUUUUGGGGCCACCUCUGGCUGCCCAUCCCUCACUCCAGGAUCCUGCAGUCUCGGCUCUCUUAGGGACCACCAGAGCAGUCCAUACGCAGCAGUUCCUUACAAACUCUUCACUGACCACGGGGGUUUAAACGAGAAGAGGAAACAGAGGCGGAUCAGAACCACGUUCACCAGCGCCCAGCUCAAGGAACUGGAGAGGGUGUUUGCAGAGACUCAUUACCCUGACAUAUACACCCGGGAGGAGCUGGCACUCAAGAUAGACCUCACCGAGGCGAGAGUGCAGGUCUGGUUCCAGAACCGCCGCGCCAAAUUCCGCAAGCAGGAGCGGGCGGCGGCGGCGGCGGCGGCGGCCGCCAAGAACGGGGCGGCCGGCAAGAAGUCUGACGCCUCCCGUGACGACGAGAGCAAGGAGGCCAAGAGCACCGACCCCGACAGCACGGGCGGCCCCGGCCCCAACCCCAACCCGGCGCCCAGCUGCGGCGGAGGCGGCGGCGGCGGACCCAGCCCCGCCGCCGGGCAGGGAGCGGCGGGGCCCGGAGGGCCGGGGGGCGAGCCGGGCAAGGGAGCGGCGGGGCCCGGCGGGCUGGCGGCGGCGGGGCCGGGGCAGGGCUGGGCGCCGGGG